UUACUCCCUGCGAAUGUCACUAUUCCGAACAGCAUGGCAGCCACAAAACAAACCGAGUUCCAAAAGAAUUUCCGCCUGAUUGUGGAGAAGAUCUUCAACCACUGGCAGGAUCUCCGGCUGGCGGUGGAGCAUGGCAUGGGCGGACGCAAUGGCCAGCAGGUGGCCAUAGAAAUCAUGGACUACACCUACCAGUACUGCAUUUCGAAUGAGAACAUCACCCAGGGUGAGCUGCAGGAGGUCGUGGAGGAGCUGAUGGACCAGGAGUUCAACACCCUCUGCGACGACGACUCCAUCCCGGAGAUUUGCCGGAAUCUGCUGCGCUACAAGCUGCUGGCCCAGCAGAAUCAGUAUCCACAAAUAGAGGCGGAACUGAGUAAGCUUCCUGCGGGCAAGGAGUGGCUGCGUCCCGAUGUGAAGAUCACCUACACGCCCAUUGAGGGCGAUUCCUCCUCCGAUGAGGAUAUGGACGACAAUGACGAGGAGGAUGAUGAUGAAAUGGGUCAGGAUGACGAGGAUGCUCCCAGCAGCAGUGGCCGGAUGACCCGCUCGCAAACGCGCAAACAGCAGGCCCAGGAAUUCGUGGAGCCCGAGGACGGCUGGACCACCGUGCGAAGAAAGUGACUUUCUUUUGGAUUAUUAAAAAGCAAUCUGUUAGUUUUUUAGUUGUAA